AUGAUGUUACGAUUCAUAGUUAUCAUGAUUGUAUUAAAUGUGCUUUUCGAUAAAGUUGGAGCAGAAAUUGCAACGUCUGAUACCAAAGCACUUCCAGAAAAGUUUCUGGGUACUUUUGUACUUGAACGCGACGAAAAUUUCGAUCAAUAUCUCGAAGCAAAGGGUUACGGAUGGUUCAUGCGGCAAGUAAUCAAAUUGGCUAGUGUCACAAAGGUUUUUCGCGAGGCGAAUUCCCAGAAGCCGAAUCGCUAUGAUAUGGAAAAUUUGACAAAAAGAAAAAAUACACUAUUUGCUGAGUGGGCUCUAGGCGAAGAAUUCACAGCAGAAGCUGUAGAUAGCUUACAACACAAGAUAACAUUCGAUCUAAAAGAUCUAGACAACGUAUUGACAGAGACACAUGUCAAGGUGGAUAAUCCGAGGGACAUCGAGACUUAUGAAUACUAUCGAGAUGGUGAUUACUUGAUCAUGAAAAUGACCUGUAAAGGAGUUUCGGCAAAACGUUAUUACAAGAAGCAAUAA